AUGAAUGCUUUCCCAGCUUCUCCCUCUACUACUACCACUACUACCACUACCACUACAACUUCCCCUCCACCCCCUCCAACUUCGUCUUCCAGCACUACCACAUCUAUUCCUCCACCCCCUCCAACAUCAUCCAGCGAAACCAGUUCAAUCCCAAUAACAAGUUCAGCUCCGCCAGUCACUACUACAACGACGACUCCGCCGCCUCCGCCAACUACAUCUUCGGAGCCACCUCCGCCACCUCCAUCGUCAACCACUGAAAAGACCACGACCACCACAACCGAAAAGCCAGUUGUGAUCACUACUAGUAGCGCAGUAAUUCAGUACUCAACUCACACCUCGUUCGUUACAGAGGUCCUCCAAAGCACGGAAAAUGGUGUUGCCGUGUUUUCGACUGUGACCUCAGUGGUGGUUGCCGAGAUCCCAACUGCAACUACAAAUGUUGCUGUUUCGUACACGAGUACUCCAGGAACUACACCAAGUGUUCUUCCGCAACCAAACAAUGGUGGCGGUAGCAGUGGUCUAUCCACGGGUGCUAAAGCAGGAAUUGGUGCUGGUGUAGGCAUACUCGUGCUUGCAGCCGCUAUUUUUGGUGGUUGGUAUAGCUGGUAUAUGAGGCGCCGAAGAAGGCGAAGCUCACUUGAUACAAGUGAUCGAUAUACGGCUACACCCAGCAUGGGUGAAUAUGGUGGCCCUAUUGGUGGCAGUGCCGCAGCUUCAGGGCUAGGUGCUCUAGGUGCUGCAGCUUAUUCAGAUCGCUCAGACAGGAGAUCGGAAUUACCUUCCCCUCCUCCAGCACGAUCGCCUCCACCUCGGUCAGCCGAUCGACUUCUCCCUGGAGCUGCAGCAAUUCGAUCCUGGAACUCUGGCUCGCCCCCGCCUCAACAGGACUCUUCCCACAUGUCCGUAUCAGAUGCAAGCGAGUAUUCGCAAGGCGGGAACACGCAUCAGACCGUCGGAACAGCAGGAUUCGCCAAUCUGAAUGAAUUACACGAGGACCAGCGAAACGUCUACCAACUUCCAGAUGAUCAGCGAAAUGUCUAUCAACUUCCAGACGAUCAACGGAACAUUCACCAACUUCCAGAUGACCAAGUCAUGCCAGCGUCAGCGCAUCAGCGCCAUCUCUCUGGUGGGUCCGGUGGCUUCAACUCAUACCAGCAAGAUGGGUAUCAAUCAGGUCCUGUUUCUAACCAAGACUCAUAUGAGCUACCAAGUGGAAGCCCGCCAUCGAGCUAUCGUGGUACGGAUCGUGAAGUUCCACUCCAUCAAAGGCAGCCUUCUGAUAGGGUACCCAUCCGUCCGGGACAUUUCUCCCCAUCACAUAAUUUUUAA